AUUUUACCGGCUCAUGUGCGCCUCAGUUUAUAUAUAGACAUAGAGUUGCUAAUAUGCUCGCUGGGAGAGCAGUGUGUAGAGGGUCGCAGCAACGAUGCAUAGUCGAAACCCGUAGGUUAUCCAGCAGCCUUGCAGAAAGUGUAAACCAUGAGGUGUUGCGCAUUUGCAGCCUUUGGGGAAACAGGGAGCCCAGGGUGUCUGCUGGGUCUACACGUGCCGACAAUGAUGUGAUGCUUCUAGCUGCUAGACACCUAGGUCUCCCGGAUUCCGAGCAUUUAUGGAACAUACCGCCUCAGUGCGGCCCUACGAAACUGCAUAACUCAGGAUACCAGAGCCGCAUUGUCUACCAGGAGACUGUAGGCGUCGGCCGUGAUGGUAACCAAAAUGAUAUUUGGCUUGGCCAUGCACGGUUUCGUGGGUAUCUCGCCAUCGCAUUAGAUCAUAGAUCCGUGGAUAGACUGUAUAACGGUAGUACAGUGGAUCCAAUCAGCGCAGAAAUGCGAAAGGAUCAUGAAGCCGAUACGAACUCAGAUGGCAAUGCUGAAUUGCCGGAUACACCAGAGCAGGAUACUCAUAGUACUAUAUUCGUGUUUCCAUACACUCGUAACAACUCAGAAGCCAUUGUUCGUACACUAUCGCGAUAUCAACGGUCACUCAGUGAAUCUGACCUUUUGAGCCUGAUAUACCUAUGCGGAUCAACUGGCAGUAGUAGGGCACUACGCCUACUAGGGGAUAUAUUAGGCGAGACGUGCCGUGGAAAAGAAACCCCUAGCGCUAUACACCGCGUGGAAGAGCACGCGUGGCCGUGGAUGACCCAUGAAGGAACGAAAAAUGAUGUCGCAAGGUUCAGCCUGCCGCUGGUUCUAGAUGCACUUUCAUGUGCCGCAAUCAUACACUAUACGUUCCACAAGGAAAGUGUGAUUUUCGACCACGUAGCCUCAGAACUGCAGAAGGUGGACUCCAUGGUUAAACAUAACAUCAAUUCCCCAACUGACUCCUUGAAGCUACUGGAUGAAGCUAUACUAACCCGUAUAGUGCAUCUGCUAGUGCUCAAACGCAAUUUUUCACAACUUAACUGCGACCACAUACGCGCGUUCAGUGACUUUGUUUGCGAUAGGUUACACCGCAUCGACGCCAGGAGUAUCGCUAACAUAUCAUUCUCAUUGGGGCAUUCGAAGCACCUGGAUGAGUUCUGGAUGUUCAUGAUGGCCAAGCGAAUACAAGACAACCCACAGGAGUUUGGGCCUGAUGAAUUAACCGCUAUCAUGGACGCAUAUAGUAAUGCUUGCCUGGAAGAUCACGAGUUCUACGGUACGCUCUGCCAACAGGUUUGCAGUAACUUUGACCAGUACCGCAUACAGCAUUUGGCAAUCAUAUUGCGUUCCUUAGCACGCGUGCGAGUACGCGACGAGCUGCUCUUGUCACAUACACUGGAAAAGCUCGCGGCUCAGUUGACCCAGGUACCACACAGCAGGGACCUGGAUAAGGAAUUUGGAUAUGUUGUUGCCAACUGCCUCGUCGCAGCCGGUGACCUGGAUUACUCAGGUGAUUGCAAUUUUGAUUCCAUGUGGAAUCUACUGGCAUACAGGAUCAAACAGUCCUCAUUCGAUAUAUGCGCCAUUAACUGGCUGCCGCUGGCUGCAAUGACAUUUGCAAGCAGGACGGCACUGCAAGUAUUCAUGCCAAUAUGGCUUCGCCACGUGGCGCACACCAUACAGAAGUUAAGGUCCAAGACAUAUGUUCUGACGAUACAGCGCCGCCACCAUCUGGUAAGACAUGUAUUCAGGUUGGGGAUACUGCCACGGCAGUUACUGCCCAGACAGGCACAGCGAGUGUUGGACGAUAUCUGCGACACUGAAUAUGUAUCUGGUAAGGUACCCGAGGAAUUUACACCGGAAAGUUCCACAUUUCACCUGGAAGUGUGUGCCUGUUUAAGAGCAUUGGAUGUUGCACAUCAGCGCGAGAUCCGCAUCGUGCCAUUUGUCAUGGACAUUGUCGUGCCGCCAAAGAGGGAAUACUGCAUAAAACCAGCACGAAUCUGUGAAGCUUUAAGACUCUCGGAUAAGGCAAGAAGCGGGCAGAUCGACGAACUCAGCGCAGCAGGGUUUAGACUCAAGUACACACGCCAUUCGCCCAACCACCGCAGACGGAAACAAGAAGUAUACGUAUUUGAUAAAGGAGAUGGAUGAAAUCACAUCGUAUCGCAACAGGCACCAUCAGGCCUACCUGGAGCGUAAAAACGCUGCAGAGAAGCAGGGGGAUACCGACACACCGAAGGUAUCAGAAGAUAAACCGAUCGUAGAUCCUCCCGCGCCAGUACCAGACACGAGAAUCAAGGAAGACGACGUACAGGACUUGCAGAUGAAUGAUUUGGAGCAGCUAGGUGACCCGUUAUACGAAUCAUCAGUUGCCCUGGCACGUAGUCUACAGGAUGAACUAAAUCCACCUCCACCCCAAGAAGAACCCGUAAGAGAACCUGAUGGAGUCUAUCAAG